AUGAUCUGGAUGAAUACAUUUGACAUUGGCUUUGGCAUGAAGGAACGCUGCGUCCCACACCUGGAAGCACCAACAAUUCACUUGGAAGCAGAUCAAUUUGGACACAGCCUGAACAAGGAGAGCAAGGCAGGUAUAAAAGGCAGCCCAAGUCUCUGCUCUAGUCUCUGCUCUCUCAUCCACUUCUCUUGCUUCCUUCUGCUUGGGAAUCAGGUGCGUCUACAGCCUCAAGACAUGUCCUGCAACACCCAGUGCCGUCCCUGCCAGCCCUGUGGCCCCACUCCACUGGCCAACAGCUGCAAUGAGCCCUGUGUCAGGCAGUGCCAGAACUCCACUGUUGUUAUUGAGCCGCCUGCUGUGGUGGUGACCCUGCCUGGGCCCAUCCUCAGCUCCUUCCCACAGAACACUGUGGUGGGAUCCUCCACCUCUGCUGCUGUUGGCAACAUCCUCAGCUGUGAAGGAGUGCCCAUCAACUCUGGGGGCUUUGACCUCUCCUGCAUCACCAGGCGCUAUGGUGGCAACAGAUGUCGUCCCUGCUAA